AUGUCAUCGAUCGCCGGGCAUCCUGAUCGAUACGCGCGUGUCGCAGAGCAAAAGAAACGAACGAGUCCGGCGAUCCAUUUUUUCGCUCUUCUUCCGCAACGAGCGAGCUCCAUUAGUCCGGGAUUGGCCGAUGCGCGCUUCAGCGAGCACCAUGUUUUUGGAACGAUCGCCGAUCGCACGGAUCAAUCAGACGUUUGCACGAAAGGAGACACGAUCUGCGACAGUAAUUGGCAUCAUGACUUCCGAAAAUUAUACAAUUUGCUUAACAAGAUGUUUCAGCUCGUUCUAUUCGUAUCGAUGUUUUCGACGUUAUUUUUGAUUGAUGCAAAACCGGAAGGACAUGCACACUCUUUCCAACAUUUUCUCGGUCCUGUGACGGGCACCGAACACGAAGUCAAUUGGAAUGAUGACGACGGUUCUCAUGAAGAUUACGUCGCUCAACCCCAUUAUGCCUUUUCGUAUGGGAUCGAAGAUUACCAUACGGGCGAUUAUCACGGUCAAAAGGAGCAUAGAGAUGGCUCGGACGUGUUCGGGGAGUACACCGUAAAGGAACCAGACGGUAAUAUUAGAACGGUGAAGUACCGCGCGGGCAGAGACGGAUUUCACGCCAAAGUGCUCAACAGCCAUCGAAACGACCGUCAACAAGACGUUGAUCAUCAUUACGAUCAUUAUUAG